CCUUCUUUCUGCUUGCUCCGUUGACGUGAACACCUGCAUGUCGCUGUCGGGGCGUCGGUGAACACGAUAAGAUAAUGCGAAUACGGGGAAGGAGCGGGAAGGGGCGGGCCAAUCGCAACUGCCCAGAUCGCAAAAAGCGCCACAGAAAUCAUGUCCAUGUCCCAUCGAGCGCACCACAUCUUCUCCGCCAUCUCCACCCCUCAUGAAGCGCUCCCUCAACGUCCUCGUCGCCAUCACUGACCCCUCGUCGUUCAGAUUCGGCUGCUCCGUCGUCGCCCGCCUGCACCGCGCUGGCAAUGUCUCGCUUAAGGUGAUCGCUUGCCACGAGUUUCCCAAGUUCUCUGGCACAACGGUGCCCCCCGCCCUGGAGCCUGUCUGGCACCGCUAUGAUGCCGAAAGCAAUGCCAAGCCCGCAUGGCAGCAUGAGGACUAUACCGACACCAAGGUCGCUGAGUACUGCUCGUGGGCUGACCUGCUCGUCCUCGCGCCCCUCGAUGCCGAGAACAUCGCUCGAAUGCUGCAUGGCUUCACAAGCAAUCUGCAUCUGAAAAUACUACGGAGCUGGGAUGUGUCCAAGAAGAUCCUCCUCAUACCGGCCAUGUCGACACUGGUGUGGGAGAACCCAAUGUCCAAGAAGCAGAUCAGCAAGAUCCGGCGGAAGUGGAACUGGAUCCGGGUUCUGCCGCCAUAUCUGUGGACGUUCGAUCAUAUGGGCAGGAAAUACCAGCCGUGGGAGGGACAUAAGGCCUUCAACGAGUCUAUUCAGACGCAGGUUGAUCUCAUGGCCGUGGGCGACCGCACAAUUGCUCUGCCCGUUGCCCACAUGCCGACGCUCACGCCUACCAAGAGCAAAGGCCCUCGCCUUCCGCCAGAGCUGUGGUCCAUCAUUCUCGAGUUCACUGAAGACUGGGAACUGGCCACCAUUCUGAAUGUCCAUACGAACCUGCCUGUCCCGCCCGAGUGGCGACAGUCGGCUAGCGAAGAGGGUCCCAAGACCCAGAUGCAGAAGCUUGAGUGGAUAUUGCUGACAGGCUCCUAUGGCGAGAUCAAGGCGCUCCUGGAUACUGACAAGCCGACUCGCAUAUCGCGCCUCUGUAUCGAAAUCAUUAUGCGCUUCGCAAUGGUGCCCGUGCUCACCCACCUCGAGAGCGCGCAUAAGGAUCUCUUCUGGGGCACCUUCGGCCAUGCCUUCCUCCCGCACAAAGCCUCGAUGUUUGGCCGAACAGAGAUUUUGGAGUACUGGCGGACCUCUCCUACGUUCCUCACUAAAGAAUACUCGGCAGAGGCGAUGGACAACGCCAGUCGGUCUGGUUCAGUGCAGGCUUUGGAGUGGUGGUACGAGUCCGGCCUUCCGCUCAAAUAUACGGAGGCCGCGCUUGAAGCAGCAAGCUCUCAGGGUCACAUCCAGGUUUUGAACUGGUGGAAGGAGCAUAGCAGAUAUCGGAAAGAGCCAACGACCCCACCUUCCCCGGGAGAACAGCAGGACGACACUAGGACCCAGCGUGACCUUCUCAAUCUCAAAGUCGGAAAGUCCAUCACGUAUGCGACGCAAUCUGGAUGUCUCCCAGCGAUCCACUUCUGGGUCGAGUCUGGCAUCCCGUUCUCUCACGAGGAUACAAUCGCUAAACUUGCAUCCGCCCAUGGACACACCCAUAUUCUCGACUAUUGGCGCAAAUUGCGGGGCGAGAAGAUGCUGUUCGACAACCAGGUCCUCGUCGGGCCUACCAAAAUGGGCCAUGCGGAUGUCCUGGAGUGGUGGAAACGCAGUGGCCUGCCAGUUGAAUAUAAGACCUGCGAUAUUGAAGAAGCUCUGGAGGAUGGUGUUGAAGGGGAAGCAGGGGAAAGCGUGCGAAGGUGGUGGGCCCUGAACGGCCUGAAUCUGGGCGUUGGCACGAGCGAGUGGAUGAGGGUCAAAGUCCUAGGUUCGUAGUGUAUUGGCGCACAACGUUUCGAUGGUUCAAAGCUGCAUUGCUAGGAAGGCAUUCGGCGUCACGGAUAAAAAAUUGGCCAGCAUCCGCAUCGGUAGGGAGUUUGGGACGACAGACUGCGAGCUACGGAUGGCCGAAUACGCAUAGCGUCAAAUAUAAAUAUCCGGCAACAUCACUUGGAUUGUUCACGGAAGACCCGU